AACAGGGACGCUGAUGGUGCGCGCCGCACUCGUUGUUCAGUCUUGUAUCGACGUUCGGUAUGGCUGUGUGCGGUUUCGAUUUUAAAUUUGUUACGCUUUUUUGUGGCCGUGUGAUAUUAUCUCAGUGAUUGUUUAGUUUUGUGAUAUAGUGACAAAAAUUUAUUUCAUGGUGUAGCAUUUGUACCAUUAAUUUUGUGCAAUGAUGGCUACAGGUUCCACAGAAGCGGCUUUUUCGACCACUACACAAGCGCUGCCUUGUUUUAAUUCAAACUUAUUAAAGUCUGACCCCAACAAAUAUUGGAAUGCACCUCAGGUCUUGGCGACCACUUCUACUGAAGGUUUUUGGGAAGACGACCCGGAAGAAAAAAUCAAAAAGAAAGUUCUAGCGUCGAAGAGUCAGUUUCACAUGGGGCGGUCGCUUCAGAUCAAACACUUACCAAGGGAUGUUACCGAAGCGGAGAUAAGGGAGCUCUUAAGUGACUUUCCGGUGCAGUCCAUCCGUGUGACAACAAGUGGAGCAGGCUCCAGUAUGGCACGCGCAGAGUUGGAGGACCCGGAGAUGCUGGAGGAAUGGGAUCGUGAGAGGAGCUUCCUGCUGCGUGGCCAGUGUGUACCCGUGUGUCCGGCAGCCACAGAACUGAUGCUAUGUGUGGCUCGGCUGCCUGCAGACUACACAGAGGAACAGUUCCACACUCUAGUCAAGUCCUGCGGGGAGGUGCGUCGCUGCUUCCUCAUGAUCAGCGAGAAGACUGGUGAAAGCAAAGGUUAUGGGUUUGUGGAAUACACUACAAAUGAAAUUUCGAUACAAGCAAAAAACAUUCUUGACGGAAAACAAAUAAACGGAUGGACCCUUGUCUGUGAUUGGCUGGACUCAAGCCACAUAACGUUUGAAUCUCUUCAUUCCAAGUGCCUCUACGUAGACUGUCUUCCAAAAAACUUCCGUGACAUGAGCGAGUUCCGCAAGAUUUUUUCAUCAGUUGUAAACCCACCUUAUUGUCAGAUUGCCCUGAAGAACGGUUGCCCCCAAGAUUGGGGACUGGUGGAGUACAGCAACUGGGAAGAUGCUGAGGCAGCCCAGACCUCCCUCAACGGCUACAACUUGCAUGGCCAAAACAUUAGGAUUAGUUACUACAUCCCAGGCGUUCGUGCCAUCAAUCUUUACCUCAAACUGCUCAAUGACACUGGCCCCUCAGGUAGAUCAGCUGGACUGCUGCCUGAUCCUUCCGGCCAGGCUAUCAUGCAGAAUCUGCAGAAACUGUUUAAGCAGAAUCCUAUCUUUGCUCAGAACCUGCAGACUAUAAUCGCUAGUCAGAUUCAUGCAGCACAAAAUGGGGAACUGCCUCCAGACAGUCAGAAAAAGGGACCAUCACCUCCAGGCUCUAUCCAGGAUCAUGGAAGGAAGCCUAUAUACUCCCCAUCAGGCGUAGCUGAGCUGCGAAAGUCACCUACGAUUCCACCGCCGCCGCCUCCGCCUCCAAAGAAUGGUCUGCACCCUCCUCCUCCAGGACCCAGUCCAACUCAGUUCCUCAAACCCACCCCUCCACCACCCACUAAGAUUCCAUUACUUCCAAACCCUACAAUGGCACCACCACCUCCUCAGAGGCGUCUGAGUCUGAGUCCUCCUGCAGGAGAAGUGGCUCCUCCUCUUCCUGUAGCCCCUCCCCUUGAGGAGGAACCCUCCCCCAACUACUGGGCUGGCCUACUGGGGCAACUUCGAGGUGUUCCCCCGGCUCCUGUAUCAUUCCCGGUACCCCCACCAGAGCCUCCAGGCCAUCCCUACAACAUUCCCCCUCCUAACUUCAUCAGAGAGAGUCCUCCUAAUGUGCCUGUGGACCUACACCAGAGUCUUAUCAGCCUGCUUAGUAACCCGCAGAAUCUGCAACAGUUACUCACAGGUCUGCAUUCAAUGAGCCAGCCGCCUGCAGCCACUCCUUCCCCAGUGCCUCCCCCACCUCCUGCCUUCACCUACCAAACCCUUGCAACUCUCCAGGAUCCAUCUUGGGCUCAGCCCUUGCCUCAUCUCACACGAUCUCUGCUCACCAGUCCCAUUCCUGUGCCCAUGACACCUAAGCCUGUCAACUUCAUGGAGGUGAAGCCCCCUGGUUCUCACAUGUUCCCUGCAUGGGCCCCCACAUUCCUGCCUCCCUCUCCUCAACCUUUGUUCUCCCCGUUUGGAUCCCCGGGGAUUCUCUGGUCCCAGUCUCCGGCUUUGUCCCCUCAACCCAACCCUAUGAUGACUCCCAUUGGCCAGAAACGACGGUUGCUUCCUUCACCUGAACCGAGCCCUGAAGGAAACUAUAUUGGUCAACAUUCACAAGGCAUCGGUGGACACUAUGCUGAUUCCUACUUCAAGAGAAAGAAGAAGAACUGAAAUAUUUACUAUUGUACAUACUUGUAUGUAACCUCGAUGUUGAGCCAGGUGCUUUGCUACCGAUUAAGUCAGAUAAUGUUUUAAGGGCCUUAAUAUUUUAUGAUCUCAAGUUAAUUUAAUUAAGGGUUGAUCAACACGGUUUAGUUGUAAUGUGUAGGACUUACGAUUGCAACAUAUGACCAUCCGUACCUAUUUGUGUAAAGUGCCUUCUUUGUUUGUGAUGUCGACUCGAUUAUAGCAUUUUAUUGUUAUUUUUUCACGUAUUGGACUUUGCAUAAAUUUAUUUAUUUAUGAGAGUCAAUAAUAAAUUUAACUUUUUGUUACAGAAAGCUGUACCGGUAUUAUUUUGCCUAUUUAUUCCCUAGCAAUCGUUUGUCGUAUACUUCUUCUGAUUCUGUCCUCAGUGGUAAGGGAGGGGAGGGGUUGGGGAAGUUCAUUCAGCUAUUAUUGGUGAAAUAAAUAUAUAUUUUUGUAGCAUAUCUAAAAUUAUAAAAUGGUGUAAACUUAGUUUUACACAAGGAUUUGAUAUUUUUGAUCAUUUAUAAAAAUAUUGAUAUAAGUAUAUUUUUUAGUGUAACUGCCUUAAUAAGCAUAUUUGAAGCAUAGCUUGUUGGAAGCUGUACAUUGUGUAUUACAGAUGUGCUAAAGCCUUCACUAUGUACAUGCCUUAAGCCUGCAGUUGAACAAGAUUUGUAAAUCCUUAUUAUUUUCUUUUCUGUCUGUUUAUCUUCUAUUUUACUUGUGCUGUUCCUGUCAAGAGGUGUUUGAUUUUGUCCUUAAAAUUCUUGCAUUAGUACUCUUUCAAUAUUCUGUUAGUUUAAAUAGAAUCCUAGUUGACAUGUGUUAAAGAUACACGCACAUUCUAUACAUUCAUUUCUCCUUUGUUUAUAUUGUGUAUUGUAAUCAAUUUCAUUCAUUCUUAUUUGAAUUGUUAAAGUUGCAGGCAAGAAGAUGCAUUGUAUUUAUGUAGGCUGUAAGUGGUUGAAGAUGGUUAAGACAAAACCUGUACUAUAUUUGAUGUGUGUUUAAAGUGUUAAAUUUACUUACAGAGCAGUGUAAGGUACAAUUUAGUUUUGUGUCACACUACUCUGUUCGUAUUGUAUUAUUACGCCCAUUAUUAUUAUUGGAAGUCGUUCUAGUGCUUUUAUUAUCGUCAGUUAGAUAAAUUCCAUUUUUUCUAAGGUAAAAGAAUGGGUUCAAUGAUUUAACUAGCCUGAUUGUGCUGGAUACGUCUUUGUAUAUAAAUUAAGCCAAUCACAAUAAGACAGUUUUAUAUUUAUAAUUUAUGGAAGAAAUAUUUUUUUAUAAAUCAUAAUGUUUGACUAUGCACUAUUUCCUAUUUAUAGAUUAAGAAAUGUGUUGUUUUAUUUACAGACCAACAUUUAAAAUAUUAUUUAUGGAUACAUUUUUAAUAAUUAUGUUAUUAAUUGUUUCAAUAGUUUUUGUUACAUACAGACCAUUUGUGUCAAUCACUGUAUUCUUGAUUUUUACAGAUUACUUUUGUUUAUCUUAUUUUAUUAGAUCAUUGUUAUGCGUAUAUAAAGUUAUAAAUUAAAAGAUAUUGUACUAUCAGUAAAAUAUAUUCUGCAAUUUAAUUUAUUGUAUAAUGUGAAUGUUACUGUGUGGCAUUUUCCUAUAAAAUUUAUUUUUGGAAUGUGCGGCCAUGCGAAAAUGCAAAAGCUUUAAUAUAUAUGAGUGUUAAUAUUUUAUACAGAUAUAUUAGUGGAUCAGAUAAGAUUUGUAUGUGUUGCUGGAUUUUGACAGUAUUUUGUAUUUAAGAUAUUUAAAUUGAUUCAUGUUUGACCUUUGCACUAAAUUAAUAUAUUUCAAAUUUUCAUAUUCCAUACCCUCCACUAUAUUACCUGCUUCGCUGUAAUUGACAACAUUCAAAUGAUUUAUAGUUACUUUUUCCUUAUAAGAAAGAAAAUUAAUUUUUAAACUGUGAGACAUGAAGCAUUAUAACAUAUAUUCUUAUAACCUGCCGAAUACAUAAAGUACAGUCACAUUUAUCCAACCUAAACAGGCAUUAUGGAAUCUUGUAAGUCCUUAAGUAGGAUACUAAGGAUUUAUCUUAUGAAAAAAUAUCAUAACGUAAUACAGCCUAGAACUCUUGAGAUGUGUAUAACUGUGCUUAUUUAUAAAUACUAUACAAUAUAAACACAAUUUUAAACAUUCAGACUGGAAAUACACCAUUUCACUUGUCUUUGUUUUUAAGUUUGAUAUGAUUAUAGUGUGGCAAAACUGCAUUAUACAACUGUAAGAUGUAAGAGGCACUAUAAAAUUAAGAAAACUUUUAAUUUAACAGACAAAAUAGGAUAAGAAGCCAAAUGAUCUAGAAUAGUGCCUCGUAGUUACCCUAGUAAACAACUGACUCCUGAUUACAACAGUAACUGAAAUGUAUUGGGAUGGCAGGGUGGGAAUGACAAAAAUAGUGUAGCUAGACGAAUGAGCAGAAGGAAAUUACAAAAUGCACUUUCACUUGCCUUCGCCUCAACACUCAUUGUGUCACACACUUACUCCCUUAUACUUUUAUACUGUAUUAAAUUUAUAUUUGUGGUGAUUUAAAGUGCUGUACAGUACAUAUCUAGUAUUGUUUAAGAAUACAGACUCAUGUUGUUCUACUCAAUCCAUUAUUCGGCCUUUCAGUUUACCUUGUCAAAUAAAAUGGGCUCUCGGAUACACAUAGGUCUGAUAAGUGCGACUGUACUGUAUGUAAAAAUGUAAUAAUAAUCACACAAGAUUGUUAAAAUUAUGUUGGUCAUGCUGAAUUUCCUAUAUAUUUUUUUCAAUACUUGGUUGUUCAGUAUUAAAAUACAUGCUAGCUUGUACAUAUAUACAGCUGAACAGAGCAUAACAUGUUUGAGUUCUUGGUGUUACAAUCAUUUAACUCAAACAUAAUAUUGGUCGUUUGAUUGGAUUAGUAAUAAUAAAAAGUUUCAUAGUUCAAUUAGAAUAUCGGUCCUAAUUUAAAUGACUCAAAUUUUGAAAGAGGUCUUAACUCUGUACUAAAGCUAUUAAACAUUAUACUGAUGUUUGUCUACGUUUUUAUACUUACACUCUGUAUGUUUGUCUCCAGUAAGUGGGAGGCUUUUAUAAUUAUUAAAUAUUUUCUUGUCUUUGUUCAUCACACUCUGAAGAACUAUUAAACAACUAAGUGUACUGAAAUAUAAACACGUAAGUAAAUUAGGAUUUUUAUUGCAUGAAGUAGUUUUAACAAUUACACACGCUCAUAUAUUUCUUGCUCAUAGAAAGAUCCAGUUCUAAUGGUUUGCGUAUAAUAUAAAAGUUUCAUAUAAAUGAAUGUAACACCAUUGACAAAUGAUUUUUCAGAAUGUCUGACUGGUACAAUUUUCAUUUAAACUUUAAUUUUUUUAUAAAACAUCCCACCAAGUAAAUAAAUCACCAAGAAACAUGUUUAAUAUCAAUGAAUUAUUAAUCAAUAAUCAGUAAUUUUGUAACUAUGAACCAAAAUGUAUAAUACAACAUUUCUUUUACUGUAGUUUUAUUAAUAUUUAAUAAAUUUUCCAAAUAUGAAUCUGUUUGGAUAUUUCUUAAAUUCAGUUUAACUGGAGUAAAAUUGAAUGUUGAACCCUCUUGCAAUUAGUAUAUAACUGUGUAGUGCAGUUAUUUUGUGUCACAACACUUUAAAACAUUAAAUGUUUAAUAUGUUUGAAGAUUGUAGCUUUAUGAAAGAGAGAGUAACUGAUGUUUAAGCACAAAGAAUUAAUUCGCUCAUUUGUUACUUUGUGUAUGAAUAAAUGAGAAUUGUUCAUCAGUUGUAUAUAAUUUUGUUUAGUUUAAGGGUAGUUAAGUAGUUUUAAACAACCAUAGGACGGUUCCGUUUGUCACUUCACAUGUGCUUUCUGUACAUUAUCAUAGCAACUACUAUCCUUUUGUAUCUGUAUUACUUGAUUGCAUAUUAUUAUAACUUUCUGAAUUGCUUUGUCAAGUAUGUGUUAAUUUUUGUUUAUUUUAAUACAGAUAAAUUUUAGUUGAUUAAAGAAAACCAUUUUUGAUUUUCA